GUGAAAUUCAGUCGUGUAAGCACUAUCUUGUAAUAAACGUCUAUCGUAAUAAAUAAGAAAUGUUAAAAAACAGUUUCUACGUAUAUGGUACAGGUGAAUGUAGAGUGCCAGCAAAUUUGAAUUUCGGUGAUUAUUUCCUGAAGAGAGCCUGGGAAUAUAAGGAUAAACCUGCUCUAAUAAAUGGCUCCACUCACGAAGUAUACACUUUUGGUGAAUUACUACAAGAUUCUAUGAAUGUCGCCGUCUCACUCACACAUAUAGGCGUCAGGAAGGGAGACGUGGUUGCUAUAUGCACUGAGACCAAAAUCGAGUACUGGAGUGCUGUAAUCGGUACAGUAUAUACCGGGGCUGUGUUAACUGCUAUUAAUCCUACAUAUACUGCAGGCGAAUUAAAACAUAUCUUAUCAAUAUCAGAACCUAGAUACAUGUUCUGUUCACCAUCAUACUAUGAAAAACAAGAAAAAACACUGAAAUCAAUCGCCUACUUGAAGAAGAUAAUUCUAUUCGGUGAUACAGGUCCUAGUGAUGUGCUACUUUUUAAAGAUUUAGUUUUACCGAUAAGUAGUGAUGUGAAAUCGGACCUUAUUGUUACCAAUCGACUAAUAAGGAAUGUCAAAUAUGAGGAGUUCCAACCAGUGGAUGUUAAUGGACAUGAAGACGUUCUGUUCAUAUUAUAUUCUUCUGGUACCACGGGAUUACCUAAAGGAGUUAUGCUGACACAUCUAAAUGUCCUUACAAGUUGUUGUUUCCCAAGUGCUCUAGACCCGAAAAGCACGGGACUAAUAAUAACACCAUGGUACCACACAAUGGGACUGAAUGGCAUUCUUGCUGCACUCGUCGUGGGAAGAUCUAUCGUCUAUCUUGCAAAGUUUCAAAUGGACCUUUAUUUAAGUACUAUUGAGAAAUAUAAGAUAAGCCAAUUGACUGUAGUACCACCGGUUCUUGUGGCGGUUUGCAAAACAGAAUCCCAAUACGAUCUGAGUUCUGUGCAAGUUAUGUAUUCUGGUGGUGCACCGCUGCAGAAUGACACCUUGAGCAUUGUGAAAACGAAGUUUCCAAAUCUAAUAGGCGUAAUUCAAGGAUACGGUAUGACUGAAGCUACUGUGGCUGUAACCAGGACCUUGUACAGUCAGGCCAGCAAAGCUAAAGCUGGCAGUGUGGGAAAGGUAGUCCCUAGUACAGUCGCCAAGGUCGUGGAUAUUGAAACCCGAAAGCCCCUAGGUCCAAACCAACACGGCGAACUUUGCUUUAAAGGACCACAAAUCAUGAAGGGUUAUAUUGGCAAGGACAGGAGGGAUGAUUGUGAUGAUGAAGGCUUCUUCAAAACUGGUGAUAUCGGUUAUUACGAUGAAGAUCAUUAUUUCUUUAUCGUUGAUCGGCUCAAGGAAUUAAUUAAGUACAAAGCGUAUCAGGUCCCUCCAGCGGAGAUAGAAGCUCUUCUAUUGCAACACGAGGCAAUAUUGGAUGCUUGUGUGGUGGGCCUGAAGAACAAAGAGUCAGGGGAGGUACCACUAGCAUUCGUGGUGAAACAGCCGGGGAAGGUUGUCACAGAGAAGGAGAUACAGUCAUUCGUUGCUGAAAGGUUAUCGAAUCCGAAACAUCUUCGUGGAGGAGUUCGAUUUGUAUCCGAAAUACCCAAGAACCCCAGUGGCAAGAUACUGAGAAAGGAGUUACGUAAAAUGGUAUCCAAAGUUACCAGCAAACUGUGAUUCAUAUACAUAUGUACAUAU